AUGCCUUCAUUAGACAUGCCUCAAUUCUACCUGCUAUCGCCCGCCGUAGUGCUUCUAUAUAAGGAAGCUUUGGCUCGGAUGAACUUACUAAGAAUAGUGAAAACGGACAUGAGUGUAGGAGUAUCGAAAUCCCUAGGACUCAUCUCCAGCAAUGGACGGCCAACUGUUGCAAAUUAUGAUGACGUACUAAUAAUUACAGAACAGGGGUUAGCGGGCACUCUUGAUCUAUCAGACAAUUCUACUGAGUCAUCAUCCUCAUCAAAAUCUGGAUUAUACCAAACCAACCAGCCAUUUGUGCUAGAGCUCCACGACAUAAAGAAAGAUGCACCAGCAACUGAUAAAGUGACACCAGAGGCUAAGCCCAAAAAGAAGAAGCGGCGUGUCCAGCCUGCAGCUGAGAACAAAACUGCUUCAACUACGUCAUCAACCGUGUCGAUACCCACAGUAACGGACUCCGCUGGUAAAGAAGAGUUUUAUGAUGCGGUCGGAAGUUACCAAGACUUAGCAGCAAAACCUGCAGCGGCGCUUGCGUUAGUACUACAGCAAUCAGAACACAACCAAGAUCCGAAACGGAAUCCUCAGACCACAAUUCGAACUUCGGCCUCUCCACGAGAACCGUCGAACACUAUAAAAGUAUUUAUCAAAGCAAUAAGUACAAAAUAUUAUCUAGUGUCGAUACAUUUUCUGUCCCGUGGCCGCGGGACUUGCUGCAAAACUUAUGAAGCCAUGGAAAACCUAGUGCCUCGUAAGUCUAAGAAUAAAAAACCAGCACCUAAACCUAAACCUUCCAAGAAACGGAAAAGCGACGGACCAACAUGUUCCAUGUUUUUGGCCGAAAUUUCAAGAAAACUUGCAUUUAAAAAAAGGCAGGAAGAUGAAUUACCCAAGAAUAUAGUGCAAACAAUAAUCGAAAGUAUUACAAAUGCUCUGCCAGUAAAAUUUUCUAAUAAAUCACCAUUGAAGAGGGAAUCCCCAAUGAAAAUUGAAACUUUACAAACUUAUGCCCCUGAACUCUUGAAAAAUGAUACUUUAUCAGUCCCGCAUCCAUUUAAAAUUAGUGAAAGUAAUUCUCCACAAGCUAUCGAGCCACCAAUAUUAAGUUCAGAAGCAACAAUAAAACUUAAAGGUUUUAAAAUGCCCAAAAUGCCAUUACUAAGCAGUGAUGUAUUUAAACACUCUGAAAGAUUUAAAGCCGUAACAGAAGAUGUAGCGGUGAACACUGGCGGUGAACAUGACGUUGCAAGCGAAAUAGCCAAACACGUUGGAACUUUACGCAAAAUAUCGUUAAUAGCAGAAGAGUUCAAUCAGAAAACAGCUAAAAAUUUAAAAGAAAUAGUUGACAGCGUUCAAGAAGACCUAUUGAAAAAACUAGAAGAAGCACAAGCAGAACAAAGAGUUUUAAUACCCGAAAAACCACUGAGCAUAGAUGAGCAACAAGAACUAUUAUAGAAGACAAACAUAAAAAGAGUAACAUGACUGGAAAAUGUCAUAGCUGUCAAUGAUGGCUUGAUAGAAUAUGUUCAA